AUGGCUCCUGUCGCUCUUCGAGACGUCGUGGAAAGCCCUGAACUACAGGGCUCUCCGGUUGUAUCGACCAAAGCUCGGUCAUUCCCUCUUCGCACCCCCCCAUCCCCUCCUUGCCUCGUUACCGAUUAUAUCAGAUACCAAGUCGAGUCGAAUCCUGAUGCUCCUGCGGUUCAAUGCGAGCGAGAGCAACCUUACAGUUAUGGCCAACUUUGGCAGCUCGUCGCCCACAUUGCAGCAGUGGCUCAAUUCCACCCAGGUCGUAUAAUACCCCUGUGUAUGGACCUAUCAGUCGAGUUUGUGGCUACCGUGUUGGCCAUCCUCUGGUCGGGAGCUGCCUAUGUCAUUCUUGACCCGGAAGGUUCUGCGCAACGGAACCGCGUCAUUACAACGGAUUGCGGCACUGAGGCUGUCGUUGUCCAUGAAAAGUAUGCUUCCCUGUUUGAUAACAGCAUCACCAUCGAGAGCAUCCGGUCGAGUAAACAGACCCAUGUGCCACUUGACCUUCCUUCGAUUGGUCCAUCCGAUCUGGCAUACCUGAUCUAUACCUCAGGCUCAACCGGUAUCCCCAAGGGCCUCAAUGGUCGCAAUCGAUGGUUGCUCUUCUACAACCCUAUCUUCUCCGCAGCUCGAAGAACAAUUCUUGCUACCCUGUCUAAGGGCGCCUGUCUUUGCCUCGCCAGAAGGGAUCGACUCGCGACUGCUUUGCCCGAAGUAUUGACGAACCUUCAGAUCGACGCGCUGGGUAUUACCCCCUCCGCCCUCUCGUUGUUGUCUCCAGAAGAGACACCCAACUCCUUGCAGCAGAUCACCACCGUUGGCGAGCCCCUCAGCCAGGCCCUUGUUGACACCUGGGCGAACAAAGUACACCUGCGGGUGUCAUAUGGACUGAGCGAAUGUGCUCAAUUGAACUUCUCCCGUCAACUGAAGACAGGUGAUAACCCCCGCAACCCUGGUCUCCCAACCGACACCACCAGAGCCAUUGUCCUGGAGCCUGGCACCCUCAAGCCUCUCCCAGUCAACGAACCGGGCGAGCUCUGCCUAUAUGGUCCUCAGAUUGCCAAUGGUUACCACCGACGUCACACAGAAACCCAAGCUGCCUUUGUCAAGGCACCAGAGGGCGAGCCCGGCACGAUGAUGUUUCGCACGGGCGAUUUGGCCGCCAAGCGUGCGGAUGGAACUUUUGAAAUCCUGGGUCGUAUUGAUCAUCAGGUUAAAAUCCAUGGCCAGAGAGUGGAGCCUGAGGAAGUGGCUGCCAAACUGGCCUCGGUAACGGGGGUGGCCGGCUUGGUCUGUGUGGGUUGCUACAUCAACGACCGCAUGUCGCUUGUGGCCGCUGUUAUCCCUUCGCCCGAGUCGGACUGGGGUAGGCUCGUGCAGGAUCUGCGCAACUAUGCCCGCCAGUCCUUCCCACCGUAUAUGGUUCCUAGCUAUUGGCUGUCGUGCAGUGAAUUGCCCGUCAACCAAAACGGAAAAGUGGAUUUCCGGGCCAUUCGUCAACUUGCUGAACGCACAGAGGUUAGCCAGAUGCUGGGCCACGGCACUUCACCAGAAAGUGGUGCGGCGACCCGCUUGAGCGACCUUGCGUCGGAGAUUGCAGAGGUUUGGGCGGAAGUGCUGAAUAUGCCCGCAUCCUCCAUCAUACCCACUGAUUCCCUAGUGGCAUUGGGAGGAACUUCCAUUGAUGCAAUUCGCGCGAUUCGAGAGCUAAAGCAACGCGGGAUUCAUGUCGAGUUGGCGGAUAUGCUUCAAGCACAGACAGUCGAGGAAACUGCUGAUGCUGCCCAGGUAGACUCGACGCUGACUCGAGUUAGCAAUGAGCCGUCCGAGGCUUUUGCAUACAUCUCCGAUCCAGUGCUCAAGGGAAGCCUCCUUGCUGACCGCCACGUUGUCGAUGCCUAUCCUGUCACGGCGCUGCAAGAAGGCAUCCUGGCCAGCACACUCCAGGGGAACGACGACUAUCUCUACCAACGCAUCUUUGAUAUUCGCCAUCUCGACCCUGUAAGGCUACAGCUGGCAUUCCAAGUCAUCUUCUGGCGCACUGGACUAUUGAAAUCAACCUUCGUGACCGCAGCCAAGAGCUUCGUUCAGGUCUUCCGCAAUGACUUCAACCUACCGUGGUCGGAAGUCUCCAUGAGUCUGGCAGAUUAUCUCGAGCAGGACAAACAAAGAGGCAUCACACUAGGAGAGCCAUUCAUGCGUGUCGCUGUCCUAGAUGGAAGCAUUCUCGUCGUCUCGGUUCAUCAUGUACUUUUCGACUUCUGGUCACACAGGUUCCUUUUCGAUGAUGUCGCUAGUGUGUACUACGGCCGUCGUCCUGAGAAGCGCCCAGAGUGGAAGUCGUUCGUUGCGCUUCUGCACGCACGAGACACGAAGCCAUCUCAGGAGUUCUGGAGAGAACACCUCAGCGAGGCAGUCCCAACAAUUCUCAAUUAUGCUCCUGUGGAGACAACAUCCUCGGCCAGGCGCAUUGUUAGCCAGGAGGUCAGGGCUGCAUCAUCAGCUUUGCGUGCGCCUCUGAGUGCAAUCAUCCAUGCAGCUUGGGCUCUCGUUCUCUCGUCCCACAUCGCUUCAAAGUCCGUCACAAUGGCAACUGCUGUUUCCGGUCGCGAGUUACCUGUUCCCGGUCUGGUGCAGUCUGUCAACACCAGUCUCUGGAAGGCCAUCAAACACUCCCAGUUUGGAGUCCGUAAUGCCCUGUCCGCUGCCGAGCGCCAGAACACUAGUCUCUUUGACACCAUGGUUAAUAUCCUCGCCAGCGAGACGGCUAAUAAUGAUAUUUCCAAGGAGGUGUUCCAGCUCCAUGGCCCGCGGCCAGUAUGGAGAACGGAGUACACAACACUGAAUGUUGAGGAGGGUGUUGGAGGUCUCAACGUUACGCUCACCUCGCCAAUGGACGUGCGUCGUUUGGAAUUUAUCCUCGAUCAGUUUUGCAUGGCGUUGGAGGCCAUUGCAUCCAAUCCUCGACAGACCGUCAAGGCAACAAACCUGGUAAGCGAGACAGAGCUACAACUCAUGCUUCAGUCACAUAACGACUUGCCUGAUGCGAACCUCACGUUGCAUGGCCAAUUCGAAGGCACGGCCCGUCGCUACUCUGAUCGGGUCGCGAUCAACUACCAGAACGAGCUGCUCCUUACAUACAAUGAGUUGAAUACUCAGGCAAAUCGCAUGGCGAACUAUCUUUCCGAGCGCGGGGUAAUGCCGGGUGACAUUGUACCUCUUCUCUUGGAGAAAUCGCCACUGAUGAUCAGGACUAUUCUCGCGUUGUUCAAGCUCGGCGCUGCUUAUGUGCCUUUGAGCCCUGAGAAUCCUUUGGAAAGGAACGCGUACAUCGCUCGGGACGUCAGCGCCAAGUUCGUCCUCACGGAGAAGGAAUUUGAGUCGUACUUUGCCUCGGAAAGUGACAUUCCUUGCAUCCUCUUGGAUCAGGCCAGACUUCGCGCCUAUUGCCCCGAGCCACAGCAAAUCAUUGUCUCUCCGGAUUCCCUCGCCUACCUACUCUAUACCUCAGGAAGUACCGGUCUUCCAAAGGGUGUCAUGGUCACACAUGGUGCCUGUGCAGCUGCCAUGCAGUCGAUCAUCGAAUUUGAGCAUCGACAGGGUCAGGAAUCAAGGAUGCUGCAGUUCUCCAACUACGUCUUUGACGUCUCGCUGUAUGACUUUUUUGUAGCACUGCACAGCGGUGGGACUCUGUGCAUUGCACCCUCAGACCGCCUGUUGAACGACCUGGCCGAGGUUAUCAACGAGAUGAACGUGAACCAUGUUUUCCUGACUCCUACGGUGGCUCGUCUGCUGAAUCCUAGCGAUGUCCCGACCUUGGAAUCCAUGACUGUUGGUGGUGAGCAGCUGACCCGUGACGUGGUGACAACAUGGGCUUCACGCGUGAAACUUCGCAAUGGCUAUGGGCCCACUGAGGCCUCCGUCUUGGUGACCAUGAAGGACGUCGAUAUGGACACAAUCGGAGGUAAUAUUGGCAAGCCCCUCGCGUCCGUGGGUUCCAUCAUCCUGGAAGCAGAUGGAGUUCGCCCACUUCCUUAUGGUGCUGUCGGAGAGCUCUGCUUCUUUGGACCUCAGCUUGCGCAAGGGUAUUUCAAGAAACCCGAUAUUACCAGUGCCGCCUUUAUUGAGAGUGAAAUGCUCAACGGGCAAUGCUUAUACCGAAGCGGUGACUUGGCCAGGUAUCUUCCCGAUGGAGAUAUUGAGUGUCUGGGGCGCAAAGAUGACCAGGUCAAAAUUAACGGACAUCGGAUCGAGCUGGGAGAGAUCGAACAGGCAUUCUUAAGAACUGGCGAAGUCAAGGACUGUGUGUUGGUUGUCUGGAAGCAGAACAGCACCGCUCAUCUUGUCGCGAUUACCGUUUUCGAUGGUGCAGUGGCUGAGAAACCGGGCGAGAUCCUUCCCCUGGAAGGCUAUGUUGUGAAUGUGCAACGUGUCCGAGCUAAGCUCACUGGGCUGACUCCAUACAUGAUUCCAAAAGCAAUUCUCCCUCUAUCGUCGCUACCAAGACUGCCCUCCGGCAAGGCCAACCGCAAGCAGCUCAAGGCGAUGCUGCAGUCGCUGAGCCAGGGUGAACUGACCAAAUUCUCCUUUGACAAGGUCGGCAAUUCGCAGUCAAAGGGUGCUGUUAUCCCUCUAGUAUCUGAGACACAAAAGUUACUGCAACAAGCAUGGAUCGAUACCCUGCAGCUUUCUGAUGACCAAUUCGGUUUGGAAGCCGACUUCCUUAGCCUCGGCGGAGAUUCCAUUGCCGCCAUCAAUCUCGUUAGCUACCUCAGGCGCAAGCAGCUCAAGAUCUCUGUGCGAGAUGUGCUCAAAUACCCUGCUCUUGGGGCCAUGGCCGACCAACUAAAGGGCGAGUCGGAUGAUGUACAGCAAAUCAAACAGCAGACUUUCGUUUCCCCAUCGGAGGUUGAUGCUGCCAUAUCUGCUACUGGUCUGCAGCCGACUGAAUAUGAGUACAUCUAUCCUUGCCCACCAGGACAGGCCGAGUUCCUGACCCAAGGUGCACAUCCUGAGGCGUUGUGGAGUCUGAUGGCAGUCCGAAAGGUCGGCACCGACUUUGACUCAAUACAGUGGAUUGAUCUGGUUCAGCAGCUGACAACGACGAAUGACAUUCUGCGCACAACCUUUACUCGCUGUCACGGAAAGUGGUAUGGUGUCGUGCUCCGCGAUGCAACCCCCGUGGUCGAAAUCUAUGAAAAUGUCAGCGACGUGGAGCAGAGAAACCAAAUCAUUCAAUCUCUUGACCAUCACCGCUUUGUGUUUGGCCAGCCCUUCAUUCGCUACGCCAUUCUGCAUCUGUCGACGGGUGAGACCGAAAUCGUCACGAAGCUUGAUCAUGGCCUUUACGACGGAACUCUUCUCCGCAUCUUUGGUGAGCACUUUGAGGCUUAUCAGCGUGAUGCUGCGUUGGAACGCUUCACUUCAUUCAAAGAAUUUGCAUUCCACAUUUGGCAGAUGGACAAGUCUCGCACGCUAUCGUUCUGGAAGGAGUCCACGAAACGCCCCAUUGCCUUCGAGUUUCCCAGCGGCAGUGCUAACGAGCCACGCAUCAACUCCGUCCAUGUACAUACCAUCAAGCUUGAAUUUGAUACAUUCGCCAAGGCUACCGGUGCCACUGUCUCCAUCAUCUUCCAGUCUAUCUUCCAGCUCUGGCUGGCGCUGCGCAGCAACCAACGCGACGUGGCCUUCGAUUACCUGUACACAGGUCGCAACAUUGAUCUCGCUGACCCUCAAACCAUCAACGGGACGUGUGCGAACUUCCUUCCCAUGCGGUCGGCAGUUGAUGCGUCAAUGCCCGUGUCCGAAUUCCUUCGUCAGACCCAGGAUGAAUUCUGGCAGUACACCGAGAAUAGCACAGUGGGCAUGGACGAGAUUCACGAAGCCUGUGAGACUACACGCGAAGGGUUCUCAAACAAGACCCUCUUCCUCUUCCAGCCAUUUGAACCAGUCAUCGCGACCGAGAAGCAGUACCAGAAAUGGAUUGUUAUGGCCAAGUCGCAGGUGACAAUGCCGCAGCCAUACGCGGUAGUAUUUGAGGUUGUCAAAACCGCCGAUAUGAAUGAGUAUAAGCUCAAGUUUGCCUUUGACAAGCGUAUCUAUGCGAAGGAACAAGUACAAAAUGAGGCCCAAGUGAUUGAGAAGAUGUUGGCGAAGGUGAUGGAGGAUGCAGAGGCGUCUGUGGGUGAUGUUUUGGCAUCCUUGCGAUCUUGA